GCUCCGAGGCGCCGGCCGCAGCCGCCUCGGUGUCGCCGGUCCCGGGCCCGGCAGGAGCCGCCGGCCGGGCUGAGGGGAGCUUGGGGCCGCCCCGGUGACCCGCGGAAGCGCGAGGAGGACCGGGAGGCGCCGGGGCUCAGGGUCCUCGGAGCGCGAAGGGCGUGGGCGGCGGGGAGGCGAGCUGGGGCCCCAUCCGAAGCGCUGGGAAAGCAGGCGCCACAGGGUCCUCGAUUGCACGCGAGCGCGAGCGGAGCAUUUCCUGUGAAGGAGAGGAAGCCGGCGGAGGCCAGGCCAGGCCAGGUUUGCUGCGGGACGGCGGGCGGGCCGCGGCUGGAGGAAGCAAGGCGCGGCGGCGGAGCGGAACAAUGACUCACUUACAAGCUGGCCUCUCGCCCGAGACCCUGGAGAAAGCCCGGCUGGAACUGAACGAGAACCCGGACACACUGCACCAGGACAUCCAGGAGGUGAGGGACAUGGUCAUCACCAGGCCGGACAUCGGCUUUCUGCGCACGGACGACGCGUUCAUCCUACGCUUUCUGCGGGCCAGGAAGUUUCACCACUUUGAGGCCUUCCGCCUCCUGGCCCAGUACUUCGAGUACCGGCAGCAGAACCUGGACAUGUUCAAGAGCUUCAAGGCCACCGACCCCGGCAUCAAGCAGGCGCUGAAGGACGGCUUCCCGGGGGGGCUGGCCAACCUGGACCACUACGGCAGGAAGAUUCUGGUCCUUUUCGCUGCCAACUGGGACCAGAGCAGGUACACGCUGGUGGAUAUCUUGCGUGCCAUCUUGCUUUCUUUAGAAGCCAUGAUCGAAGAUCCUGAGCUUCAAGUCAAUGGGUUUGUUUUGAUCAUAGACUGGAGCAACUUCACUUUCAAGCAAGCCUCCAAACUCACACCCAGCAUGCUGCGCUUGGCCAUCGAAGGCCUGCAGGACAGCUUCCCAGCGCGAUUUGGAGGGAUUCAUUUUGUCAACCAGCCAUGGUACAUCCAUGCCCUGUACACUGUGAUCCGGCCCUUCCUGAAGGAGAAGACUCGGAAAAGGAUAUUCCUACAUGGGAACAACCUGAACAGUCUACACCAGCUCAUUCACCCCGAGAUCCUGCCCUCGGAGUUUGGGGGGAUGCUGCCCCCCUAUGACAUGGGAACGUGGGCACGGACACUGCUGGACCACGAGUAUGAUGACGACAGUGAGUCCAACGUGGACUCCUACAGCACGCCGGUGAAGGAGGCGGAGAAGGAGCUGUCCCCCAAGUCCAUGAAGAGGUCCCAGUCUGUGCUGGAGCCCACGGUCCUGAUGCACAUGGAUAAAAGUGAGGAGGAGAACAUGCAGCCUUUGCUCUCUCUGGACUGAGCUUUGUGCCCACCCAUGCCGCGGAGCCAAGAGGCAGGCACUAGUGUGGAGCCACGGGGCCAGCACUGUGGAGGAGCUCACCUUCCGUAAUAAGGCAGAAACUUAUUUAUUCAUAUUAAUGUAGCAUAAUAUAUAAUACGGCACUGGGCUUUCCCAUUUGCCCGAACCAUGGGUGCCCUGGGCUGGAUUUUUAAAAAGUCAAUAAUUUAUUCUGUAAGUGCCAAGUUCUUUGUAAAUACAAUGUAAUUUCAUGUCAAGUUUGUAAAUUUUGGUAGUAAUUGACUUUGGGAGAGACUGACAUAAAAGUUUGAGCCAGUGAUAUGAACUCUAAGAAAAAGCAGAAAAUAUGCAUCAACUACCAGUACUGAUUAAAUGUAGCCCUGUUUCCUAUGAAGCCACA